AGAAGCACUGCCCGGGCUCUGACAGCCUCGAGCUGCCGCUCUGAAGUAAGGGCAGGCUUAGGAGUAAGCCAUCGGUACCCUAUCGCUGCGUGCAAGGCGCGCUGGACGAAUUUGCCGCCCUACGGAGCGCUUGGACCGCAGAGCACCUGGAUCCUCUGUUGAGAGCACCAGUUGCGCCUGCGCUAGAACCAUGGCCUGGACAUUCGUUCUACUCGCAACAAGCGCCUCAGCACUCAGCGCGAACAAACCCCCGUCAAUCUUGGCGAUCGGCGAGACGCUCUACGACUCGCUGCCGCACGGCGUCUUUCUGGGAGGCGCGCCGUUAAAUGUUGCUGUGCACGCGGCUCAAUUAGGUGCCCACGCGGCCUACGCGUCGGCCGUUGGGGAUGAUGCCUUGGGACGGGACGCCAAACGGCGCCUAGAAGCGUUGAGUGUGGAUUGCGAACUCGUGCAAACAAGGCCCGGUCUAGAAACAGGAUUCGUGAGCUGUGUCCUCGAUGAAAACGGCGACGCGACGUACGACAUCGCCUACCCCGCGGCCUGGGACAGUGUUCAUGCGGAGCCUUCUUUGCUGACGGCGGCGCGGUCCUUCGACUGCCUCGUUCAUGGGUCCUUGGCGUUGCGAGGCGAGGAGACGGCUUCUACUUUGAGAAAGCUCGCGGCCGACGCGACGAGAAGGGUCUUCGACAUCAAUGUGCGGCCCCUGCCCGACGGGAUUGAGGUGCGCGACCUCGUCGAACCGCUAUUGCAGGGUUGUUAUGUGGUCAAAAUGAACGAGGACGAAUUGCAAUUGGUGCAGGCGUGGUUCGACCUGAAACCGGCGACGCUCGAGAAGUCAUUACUUGAGUUAAAUGAGGUCGUGGGGGCCGAUCAUCUCGUCGUGACGCGCGCGGAGCGGGGCGCGGCGCUGGUUGACGCGUCGGGUGCGUACUGCGAGAGCCCCGGGUUCGUGGUGGACGUCGUGGACACCGUCGGCUCGGGGGACUCGUUCACUGCUAGAUUGGUCUACGGGCUGUUGAGCGGCGAGGCUGCUUCUGACGCGCUCGGCGCCGCGACCAGGCUCGGGUCCUGGGUCGCGUCGCAGGCCGGGGCGACGCCGCGACACGAGUCGUUGGGGUAACACUAGAUCACACACCACUAC